UAGAUGGAGCUGAUGUAAACUGGGGAAAACAUACUGUGAUCUUCCUUCAGUUUGCAUGCUGGGAACAUGAAGGACAGGGUCAUAAAGACAAUGAAGAGCAUGCUCCUUUUCCUAAUUUUGCUGGGAGUAGUAUCUGGAAGAAGAUCCCAGUUGCUUCAGGGCUUACCUGCAACAAGCACUGUUGAAGAAAACUCUGCAGCUGGUAUUGCAGUCUAUGACUUUAAUGUGACUCUUUCUCCAUUGGCUUCUGAAGGUGUUGCAAUUCGUCCUACCAUAGUAAAUUCAAAUCCACUCACAGAAGCUUUUGACAUUGUACCAAAAGGAGGUCUUGAAUUCAGGGUUAUUACCUCUGGAAAGCCCAUCCUAGAUUAUGAAACUAUGCCAAAGAGCUUUGAUUUGCAGAUUUUUGUGGAUGAUACAACUGGAAGAACUGACCUUAACAUAUUGACUAUUCAUGUAACAGAUAAAAAUGAACAUCCUGUAUUUCGAGGAAAUAUGGCAAUUCAAACUGUGAUGAUCUAUGUGCUGGAAGGGACACCUCCAGAACGCAUUUACCGAGUUGAUGCAGCUGAUCCUGAAAAUGCAAAACUCCAAUAUUCACUGCUCCCUGCAACAGCACCAUUCUCAAUCAGUGAAAGUGGAGCCAUUUUUUCCACAAAAGAAUUUGAUUAUGAGAAAGAUCCACAUAGUUACUUCUUAAAUAUAACAGUGACAGAUCCAGAUGGACUCAACUCAACUAGAACAGUGAAUAUAAAUAUAAUUAACAUCAAUGAUGAAAGGCCUUACUUUACCACAAAACAAAGAAUAUACUGGAUUCCAGAGGAGCAAAGCCCAGGCACCAGUGUUGCCAAUAUAACAGCUAGAGAUCCUGAUGAUGGAGAUUCUCCCAGCAGACUUUUCUACAGCAUCCAGUCAUCUGACAGACGUUUUUCCAUAAAUCCAGUGACUGGAGAGCUGCAGGUGGCCGGGAGGAUCGACCGGGAUGCGCUUCCGCUGCGGCUCCAUCCCAACAUCUCGCUGGUGGUGCGGGCGGAGGACAGCCCCAGCAGCGGCCAUGCCAGAGAGACGGAGAUCACCAUUGUUAUUGAGGAUGUCAAUGACAACCCCCCAGAAUGCAAUCCUUCUGCCUUCAGGAAAGAAGUAAAUGAAAAUACCGCUCCUGGGACAUUUCAUGUUGAUCUUAGAAAUUACUGUAAAGAUAUUGAUGCUGAUCCAUCAAACAACCAAUUUAUUUUCACUGGAUUAUCUGGUUUUGGAAGCAAUAACUUUACUCUGGAUUCCACUGGAAGACUUGUGAUGACUGGAACUAUUGAUCUAGACAACCCAGCUAAUCCAGGAGUUGAAGUUUAUACUUUGACUGUCAGGGUGCAAGAUAUUGCCCACCCUAACUACUCAAAUAUCAUCUACAUUUACAUCAGGAUAAAGCCAGUGAAUGAAUUUUUUCCAGAGUUCCGUAAUCUAUCUUAUGUAUUUAGUGUUUCAGAAAUUACUAAAGUUGGAUCCAGCAUUGGAAGAGUGCAUGCCACAGAUGAGGACUGGCCACCCAGUGUCAUCACUUACUCCAUUGUAGCUGGAGCUGGCACCAGGGAUUACACAAAUAUCUUCUGGAUCAGCCCAAUGAAAGGAGAUGUGAGGAUUUUAGCUAGGUUAGACUAUGAAACAACUCAGAAACAUAUUUUCACAGUACAGGCCUCAGACCAACAGAAGUCUACAACAGCAUCAGUAACUGUGAAUGUCUUGGAAGUAAAUGAUGAAGAACCAGUUUGUUCACCCAAUUUCUUCUCACUUCAAAUCCCAGUCGAUUUAGCUGUUGGGACCAAUAUUAAUGGCUUCAGGAUUGAAUGUCAAGAUCGUGAUUCUGAUCCCAGGUCUUUCCGUUACUUCGUUAAUGAAGGCAAUGAGAACAGUCAUUUUACCUUUUCACCAAGUGCUGGGUCCAACACAUCUCGUCUGAUUCUUGCAUCAAGGUUUGACUAUGAGAGUGGACUUGAUACAAAAUGGAUUUACAGUCUGCGUAUCCACAUAACAGAUGACAAUUUAGUAUCUGCCAGGGACAAAACUACACAGUUAACUAAAACUGGAACAGUGACCUUAAGCAUUAGAGUUAUCCCAAACCCAACUACUGCCACAACCACUACGCCUGGCGUCACUGUUGUGACCAGAAGAGAGAACAUCUACUCUCCAUCGGCGUGGUACGUGCCAUUCGUGGUCACCCUCGGCGCGCUGCUGCUCCUGGGGCUGCUGGGCCACCUGGGGCUCCUGCUGCUGACACGGCUCCGUAGCUGCUGCCCCCCGGCAGGGAAAGCACACAGCACCUCUCUGAUAAAUGCUCCAGCAAAGAAGAAGCCUAAGAAAGAAGUAACUGUGACAAUGACAAAGCUAAACACUAUCUUUGAUGGAGAAGCCAGGGACCCAGUUACUGGCAGAGUGUAUGAGUUCAAUACACGGUCGGGGGCCCGGAGGUGGAAGAAGAGCAAUGAGCCCCUUCAGCCAGUGCUGGCUAUGCAGGAAAUGUCCAGUGCCACAGAAAACAGUGGCCAAGGGGUGGAUGGAGCAGAGGCACCAAGCAAAAAAGAGCCUUCAGAGAAGAGGAAAGAGCUGACUGCAGCAACAAAACCAGCUGCCAAGCCCUCAGCAGGGCAAUGAGAAACACCAGGCCAAGCUGGGCUGAGAUUGCAGAAGAAAGAGGAGUCUGAGGAUGGGGGCUUAUCCUCACCAGCCCCUUAAGGCAGGAACUGACCUCCUCUCCCAAAAUGAACUCUCCUUUUCUAUUAGGCCAGAGUGCAUGAGGCUCCAAGGCACCUCCCCACUGACACCUGAUCUGAACAGCCAAAGAAUCAGAUGUGACUUUUCUCUCUCUCUCAGCUCUAAAACAAAAGGUGGCCAUAAGGUCUGUAAACCAGACCCAAAGGCAGGAUGAAUCUGGAUGCACCUUUGGCAGGUGCAUGUAAAGCAGAGCCAUGGACAGAAGCAUUCAGUGCCCACUGCCUCCUACAAACACUGGUAGCUUCCCCCUAGAAAAGUCUGCACCUCUGGCAGGCAUGGCCCCAUCCUCUGCCUGCCUUUGGGAAUGGCGGCACACACAGAUGGGAAUGGGGUCUCCUGUCCCUGCUGAGCAACCAGGUGAGUGAAAAGCACACCAGGGUAGAAAUGUUUGCUGGUAGAAGAUAAAAAUAUUUUCUCUUCAUUCAGUAUUUUAUUUCAGCCCUUCCUUGCCCUCCCAUCUUGCAGUA